AUGGGAUUCAUCAAACGUCUACUCUCAAUGGGCAGCAAGAAGGGCAAGAAGUCCAAGCGAGAGCAGCUCGGUGGCAUGCCGUACGAGCAAACUGCUCAUGCCGCGACACAGGGAGAUUUAUUAGACCGGAAGAAGGAGGAAGAGGAGCAGGAGGCGAAAGCAAGCCGGUUGUUGCGCUCAUCCUCGGCUCACUUUGCAGUGGUUUCCGAAGUAGAUUAUACCUCUUUACCUCCUAUUCCCCAACGGAUCAACAAUCGCAAUGCUGACCCCACCGGCUCUCCAGGUCGCGCCGCAAGCGUUCAAUCUCGCGCAACAACCUAUCGCGUCAAAGUCCACGGCCGAACCGUCCACACUCGAACCGAAUUUCCCAACGCUAACCCUCCUAUGGCCAACAACGCACCUCUGCGACCAUCUUCUGUCUCCGCCCCUUCCUCUCCAUGUGGUCACGCCGCCCCUCGCGACAAACUCGCCCCUAUCACCCCAAGGGACCAGAGCCGUCUCUAUAAACUUCGUCAAGAUCCUUCCGUGGCGAGCUUACUGACGAUGUACGAUGACAAUGGCCGGCUUGACAACAAAGCAUUCUCGAACAGCCCUGUCGAUAUUGAUAAGGCUGUUGAUACCGAGAAUCAGCCGAAGAGCUCAGCGCGCUCCGGAAGGGAGCCUCUGAAGGACGAGGGAAGAGCGCAAAUAAAGCGGGGCGGUUCGACCCUCAGGCAGCUUAUGGGCGACCUGAACGCUACUUCUAAAGUCGGUGAUAUGUUCGAAGGUGAUAUCUCUUGGGCAGAGAGGUUCAUUCAGGAAGGUCAAGAUGACUCUAGCUCUGCCUCCUCCCUUGGCCUCGAAACGCCCGUCAAUCCUGAUCACGCAUUCACCACUGACCCUUCUAUCGUCUCUGAUGACAACCGCAACGCCACCAUCAACCCCAACAAUGCCACAUUCUUUAGCCACAAAUCUGACGAAAACGACCGCAGCCACGACCCACUGCCAGCUAUCUCCUCCAUGGAGGUCGAGCUUAGCAUGACAAGCACAAUAGAAGAGAAAAUGAAGCGUGGCUACUCCCAAGCGAACUCACCUUACCACAACCCUGACACUCCACAUCGUGCGUCCGAGGUAUUCGCGUUCUUGAACAAGCCGCAGCGGAAUCGGGAUUCCAUUGCGAGGCCAGCGAGUGCCCCACCGAGUACCUCUGGCAGUGAGGAUGAGGAUGAGGAGGAUGCGUAUGGCGGGUUCGAAAGGCCCUUGCCUAUGUUGCCGAUGAAUAUGGACCCGGACUCGUCGUCCGACAGCGCGGCGCAUCAGAUUCUUUCUCCCAUUCGCUCCAUCACCACAGGUAGCACUAUCAAGCCCAUCGUCGACGACAACUUCCUCGCGCCACAACUCGGUUCUACUUCUCUCCGACCCUCUCCUUCCAGCAGUCAGAAGACGCUCUCCACCGCCGAUAAGAAGUCUUCUACACUUCAGACGACCGAGACUUCCCCGACUUCCAACGAUUCCCCUUCUUCUGCCGGCUCCAUUUUUGAGGAUCCGCCACAGUUGGCUAUGAUCAUGAACAGGACGCCGACGCCCGUCGGUAACGGGCUCCGUGAGGGCCCGAGGGCGCAUCAAGUCCAGGUCACACCUUCGGCCUCUGGUCCUGCUCGUGCGCCGUCGAGGAACUCGAUAACUGGCCUUACGCACACCUUGUCCAACGCAAUUGGGAGUAGGAUUCCAAGAGGCCCUAAAGGUCCGAGGACGAGCGUCGCGAUGACCCAUGACUCGAAUAAUCCAUUCGACGACGCGUCCACACCAAACGCUGCCGCGAAGACUCUUAGUACGACAACGGCUGCGGCGAAAUUCAAAACGUUCAACACACCCUCGACUACUCCGAUGCCCACUCCAAAGCCCUCAUAUAUUCAUACCGCCGCCCCUGCCCCGAACAUGGCUCUUCGCACGACGACGAACACUAAUAUCUCCACAUCGUCAUCCAUUCCUCUCCGUUCGGGCACCCGUAUACCUUCUAUCGCUAGUUCCACCAGCUCCAAAGUCUCGCUUACUACUGCGUUGAACGCAACCGCCUCUGCGUACCCUACUCCCACGCCCACACCAUCUUCGGUAGCCGUUGGCUGGAAAGAGAAGAGGAGGAUCUCCAGCUCUGGGUCGUGGUCGGUGGUCAGUGAGGAUGAGAUGCCGAAGUUGGUGAGGAGUGCGGUGAGGGGUGCGGAUGUGCCAGUUCCUGGGAAAGGGAGAGGGGGAUAUGUCGUUGGGGCUGGGAAAGAGAACGGACAAGUGUCGGGUCCUCGAGCGAUGCCUACUCGAGCGGGCAGUCGUUCGCUCGAUCUCGUUAGGGAUUCGUUUGCUACAAACGCCAACGACUCCAACGCCACCGCCAAGAAUGCGCCAUACCAGAACUUCGACCUUAACAGGCCAGCGAACGCGAACGGCGCUGGGGCUAUGAAUUUGAAAUCUCGACUUCCCGUCACGCCCGCUCGGUCGCGGGCUAUUUUCGAUGCGGAGAUGACUCCUGGAGCGGCUCCCUCGCCUGCUUCGUCGUCUGAGCUGUCGCCGGUCGCGCAACAGAUGAUGGCGGACCUGAGGGAGACGAAGAGGAGGGGUUUUGUGAGGUUUGGGGGCAGCAGUGAGAUAGGGCCCAGCAGUCCUGGUGGAGGUGCGGAGAAGAAGAGGAACAGGUUUGUAAAUGUUAUUACGAAUGGGAGGGGGUAGAUUCCCUCUGUGUAUUUUUUCUCUCUCUCUCCGUUCUGUUUCGUGUUUCGUGUACAUUGGUAGCGCCGGGUUAUGGGCGCAUUUUGUGAUAAUAGUUCCCUGAGUUCGGUUUCUUGUGUAAUUGUUUCUCGAUUUUGGUUUCCCUGUUGUGCAUCUUCCGAUUGUGAUACAUACCCCUCCAUCUCCAUUCCGAUCGUCUCCUCUGUCCUAUAGUUUUUUCUUCUUGUCUCUGGGGUUUCCGGCAUCGUCAUCCGUCAUCAACAUCGAACGCUCCGUCGUCUGUAUCUAUCGCGCUCUCCAUCCGUCAUCGUUCAUCCUUAUUUGCUAUCUCGUCCUGUCUCGUCCCUCUGUGUCCAUAGAU